AUGAAGUUCUUCACUGGCCUGCUGACGGUUUUAGCCGUCCUGUCUGGACAUGCUAUUGCGGCCUCUCUCCUCGAGACUGCUGCGGCUCUUUACCCCUCCUGUGCUAUACCUUGCUUGUCAGAGUUUGUGCCACCAUCCGGUUGUCUCGCAGGAACCCCUGCGGAAAACAAAUUAUGCCUGUGUACCAACACCACACUCCAAGCUGAAAUAACGGGCUGUGUCCUGAAAAGUUGCACAACAUACGAGGGCCUGGCGGUUAAGAACGGUACCUACACGAUAUGCGGCCUCCCAGUUCGCGACGAAAGAGCCACCCCUUUGUUAGUUGGCGUCAUCGGAGGAGCAGUUGCUUUACUAGUUUUCAUUAUGAGGAUGUGUUCGAGCCUUCCGACAGGCGGUCGUCUACUUGGAUGGGAUGACUGGACGAUGGCGAUCACGGUUGCUUUUGCCGCGCCACCAACCAUCUUCUCGGUCUUGUUAUCCAAAAAUGGCCUUGGUAAAGACAUGUGGACAUUGCCCCCGAAGAACAUUGAAAACGUGCUUUUCUAUUACUACCUCGGCGAGAUCUUCUACUUCGCUGCGCUUUCGAUGAACAAAAUCUCGCUGUUGCUGUUCAUCCUCCGAGUGUUUCCGGACAAAGCGUUUCGAAAGAUUGUCUUCGUGGUCUGCGGCUUGUGUGUGGGAUAUGGAAUAAGCUUCAUUGUCGCAACUGCAUUCCAGUGUAACCCAAUCCCCUACUCGUGGUUGCAGGUCGACAGUACGGUCGAAGGGACCUGCAACAAUAUCCACCUUCAAGGAUGGAUGAGCGCGAUCUGCAAUAUUGUCAUCGACAUUAUCAUUAUUAUCCUACCUUUGAAGAACUUGUAUGCGCUUCAGAUCAAGCUCAAGAAGAAGAUUAUGAUUAUGUUCAUGUUCUCGCUGGGUAUCUUUGUCACAAUCGUUAGUGUAAUCAGAUUGCGUUCUUUGAUCGUAUUUGCGAACACUCAGAAUCCUACAUGGGAUUACAGUGAAGCUGCUUGGUGGAGUACUGUCGAGCUCCAUGUCGGCAUCGUUUGUGCUUGCCUUCCGAGCUUACGAUCUCUGUUCAUCAACCUCGGUGUCCGCGUCCUCGGUUCCAGUAAUGACAAGUCUCGUAGCUACGCUACUGGCGGCUCAAACCUUGCAAGCGCCAGACGUGGCAACAUGACGGGCGAAAAGUCUCAGAGUGUUCCGAAGCAUGGUGACGAAGGUGACUUCAUCCCGUUGGUAGACGUACCUGACAACAAGUCCACUCACAAGCAAUUCGGUGUAGCCGUUAGCGAGACAGAUAGUUACGACGAGACUGGAACGCACAACUUCCAAGGCCGAUCCUUCAAGUAG